CCCCACCCCCCCCUUUCCCACCACAACACCACACCUUCCUUACACUCCACUCUAAGACACUUUGCCAUGGGUUCGGUGUUCAGCAAGGCGCUCAGCAAGAUGUUCGGCAAGAAGGAGAUGCGCAUCCUCAUGGUCGGGCUCGACGCUGCCGGCAAGACGACCAUUCUUUACAAGCUGAAGCUUGGCGAGAUCGUGACCACCAUUCCGACCAUUGGCUUCAACGUGGAGACGGUUGAGUACAAGAACAUUUCGUUCACGGUGUGGGACGUCGGAGGGCAGGACAAGAUCCGCCCGCUGUGGCGCCACUACUUCCAGAACACGCAGGGCGUCAUCUUUGUCAUCGACUCGAACGACCGCGACCGGAUUGGCGAGGCCCGCGACGAGCUGCACCGCAUGCUCAACGAGGACGAGCUCCGUGACGCGGUGCUCCUUGUCUUUGCCAACAAGCAGGACCUCCCGGCGGCCAUGAACGCUGCUGAGAUCACCGACAAGCUGGGCCUGCACUCGCUCCGCCAGCGCUCGUGGUACAUCCAGUCGACCUGCGCCACUUCUGGCGAUGGCCUCUACGAGGGCCUCGACUGGAUGAGCAAUUCGCUCUCGUCCAAGGGCAAGGCCUAACCGUAGCUGCCCGCCUGGGUGCCUGCACCCUCGUAUUGGCCCCCGUGUCGUCUCUGUUCUUUCUGCCCAUAACACGCUCAUAUGCACGGUA